AUGAUCUCGAUAGCCGCCAUAUCGGUGGGCUCCAGCAUCUUCUUCACCUUUGCCCUCGUCAUAAUCUCCGUGAUUGUCUUGAUCCUCCUCCGACGAUUCCUGACUCUGCGAGCUACGCCGGCAUAUCUAUCCAUCCCCGUCUUUCUCGCACUUGCUCUUCCUGCCAGCGUAGUCCUUCUAGUCCCCAUUGACCUAGCGUCGAGCUCGCGCGAUGGCGGCGGUCCCAAAGCAAUAUGGCUUCCUGAGCGCCUUCUCCUGGUCUCGUGGCGCAUCACUUACUGGUUGAUAUUCGUUCUCACGUGGGCGAUUCUUCCUCUACUCGGUGAAUAUAUCGAUUCCGGAUACCGCGAUGCGAGAUCACGUAUCCAAUAUUCUAUCCGGUCCAAUGCCCGGUACCAAAUGAUCGUUCUUGGGUGUGCGACAGUGGGCCUAAUUUAUAUCUCCAUCCAAAAUGGUUUCGAGUUUUCUACCAUCAAAACCCUUGCAAUGGCCCUGGCCUACGUCUGGGGUUUAGUCCUUGCAAUAUUCUUGAUGGGCCACGGCCUGGUAUCCAUCCCUCGCACUUUAUUCCGCAAUGCCAGUGCCAGUGGAAGAUUGCGGAGGCUUCAGGCUCAAGCUCCAUUGCUACAUGACCGCCUGGUGGACGCCGUCAAUGACUUGGAAAGUUUGGAGGCUCAGGUAGCCCAGCUACAACAUCGAAAGACCGGCACCGCGCGCGAUUUCCAGGACUGGAUAGAAGAACUCGCCGAAACAUCAACUCCCCCAGAACAUCGACUUGGAAUAAUAGAUCCCCCGACUAGUUCCACAGUCCCUGCUGUGAUUACUGAGCGCUAUCUGGCUGACUUGACAAGGCGCCUCCAACGGGCUCGGCACCAAAAGGCUCGCUUUGUUGAUGCAUGGGAUCGUUUAAUUUUCACUGCAGCCGACCUACAGGCAGUCAUUAAUUCAUCCGCAUCCAAAAAGCUCGAGUUCAGUCAUCACACGCAACGCUCUACCUCCCCGCAAUGGAAAGUCCUUACACCCUAUAUGCGCUACCAAGUGUAUACAAAUGUCUAUCCCAAUCUGCGACUUGCAUUGGGAGUGUUUUUUGCGGCGGCCUCGGUAUGUGUGGUCUGGUCUGAAUUGAUCAAGUCGAUAGCACCGCGGCUUUCUGUGGUAACCCUGUCGAUCGUAUCAUAUCAUGAAACCCCAGCUCCAGUUGGCUUUGGAAAGCAAGUCAUCGCCUCCAUGUGGCUACUAUAUAUGUGCUCCGCAGCGUUGGUUGGCGUCGGUGAAGCGAAGGUCUGGGGUAACCGAGCCCUAGUCAGACGCAACACGUAUGGUGAGAGCGCAUGCUGGUAUGCAAGUUUGGUUGCGAGACUUACUGUCCCGAUCGCGUAUAACUUUUUGACGUUUCUACCUAAAAAUGUCCGAGAAGCCACUACGUUCUACCAUUUCCUUGGUCAGUGGAUUAAUCUGACGCCACUCGGGAAAGGGUUCGAUUACUUCUUCCCAGUUUCUAUUUUAAUUCCUAUCGGGGCUACCCUUUUCAACCUCUACGGCCGAGUCAGAAACAUUUGUGGCUUUGGUCUCAUCGAAGAGGACGAUGAUGAUCUCGAAAAUAACCCCAGUGGGUAUGGAAUAGGAGGCUGGCGAGAAGGCCGUGAACUAAUUGAACGGGAGUUAAAUGGUCUUGGGUCGCUCGGACUCUCUACACGGAGCGAGCGGUCUCCUCGACAUUCAACACACGUGGAUGGGAGCACGCAGGCGUACUCAUCCUCCCGCACUCCCUUGACUGAGUCAACGCGACCAUCCAGGUCUACUCGAGGUGCUGUUGCCACUUCUUCAGCGGCACCGGGAGAGGAGGAUGAAGAAAACUUUUUUCAGUCUUUCGCGCACCGGGUGAAAAACACUAUUGAGACCGCCAGCCGGCCGCAGUGGCUUCAAAAUGAUUCGUUCCAAUUGCCUCGAUGGAUGGGUAAUGACGGCGGGAAUGAUGGCAACAGCGGUCUCGCGCGGUGGUUCGGUGGCCGUCCUACCAAUGGCACAGUAAGGCUCUAG